AUGCGCUCCCUGGCAUAUAAUAGAUCUCAAUCGCCCGCGUCGAUGGCAAAAGGGGCGGAAACACCCUCUGCGUUUGCACCACCAUCAGCAGCCUCAGGCAUCAUUGGCGCCCUCGCGCCCUACUGGGCCGUCUCAAGACGGAAGGAGGAGAGAAGAUGGCGCGCCUCUCCUCCUGCGUGCGCCGCUCGCUCGCUUGGUCUAGGACCGAGCUUGCCGGCUUCAUCUCCACGAGCGCGGAUUCGACAUCCGUCUAAUAGAUGUCUUGCAGCCGUCUCGCUGGGUUGGGCUCGAAGACGUCUUCCGGCCGCCCUCACACCCCUCCCUCGAGGCCCCAAAUGCCUCGGCAGUAAUUGGCUACACGAAGCCACAGACGGGCUUUGA